CGAGCUCUAUAUGAGCCCCUCCCAUCCCCGCCGCCUCCGCCUCCAUUCGCCUCGCCGCCGCCUUCCUCCCCCUAAACCCCUACCCCGUCUCCUCCCUCUCUCCUCAGUUUGGGAACAAUGGCGUUUGCUAAUAAGCUUGGUAAUCUGCUCAAGAAAGCCACAAGUUCGAAUCCAUCCCUCUAUCAGGCAAUCAGAUGCAUGUCAUCAUCAAAGCUCUUUGUUGGAGGGCUUUCUUAUAGCACUGAUGAUCACAGUCUCAGAGACACCUUUGCCAAUUAUGGACAAGUUGUUGAAGCUAGGAUUAUCCUUGACCGUGAGUCUGGGAGGUCUAGAGGUUUUGGCUUUGUAACUUACACGUCAUCUGAGGAGGCUUCAGCUGCCAUCACAGCCAUGGAUGGAAAGGAUCUCCAUGGGCGGAGUAUAAGGGUUAACCAUGCCACUGAGAGGACAGGUGGCUUCCGGAGUGGUGGCAGUGGAGGUUUUGGAGGUGGUGGUGGCUAUGGCGCCGGUGGCUAUGGUGGCGGCGGCGGUUAUGGUGGUGGUGGCGGCGGCGGGUAUGGUGGCAACUAUGGCAACAGGGGUGGUGGCUAUGGAGGAGGUGGUGGUGAUUAUGGAGUAGCAGGGGGUGCUGAGGGCAGCUUUGCUGCUGGAGGUAGCGACAAUUUUGCUGGCAGCAACUUUGGUGGUGACAGUGGUUUCGGUGGAAAUCCUGCUGCUAGCAUUGGAGCUGCUGAUGGUUUCACUGGCAGUGAUGAGUUACCUACCGGUGCCCCUGAUAACUUGGACAGUGGCAAGAACGAAGACAUCUUGGACGGCAUCUUCAAGGACGGCGAGCCUGACAACUACGCCAACAAGAGGAGCUAGUUUGCUGGUCCCCUGGGCCUCCUUCGUAUGUCAGUGAUGCACCCCUUUUGAGGCGAGAAUGAUCAUCCAUAUCAAAUUCCUGAACAAUUUGUACCGUCUGGUGUCUUUCUGCCCUUUACUUCAUAGUUGUCUGCUGUGGAAACCUAAUAACGUAACGAUACACUUUGCGUUAAGGUGACAAUCAAACUAUCAAAGUGUUUUUUGACUU